GUUGCAUGCAUGUCGCGGGGAGAUGCUAUCGUCUGCUGGGGGAACAGUGCGCUACCCGCUCCUCUCUUGGCUGGCGUGACCGCGGUGAUUGGCUGGCGCGGAAGAACUGUGUUUUCAAGGUGGUGGGGUAACGUCGGCGGUGAAGCAUUGUGACAAAGAGAGCAGUGCCUGUAGGAUGCCACAACAGGUGUCCCCAUAUUCUGUGCUGGAUGGCCAGUAUGACCUCCACGAGACCAUCGGUUCAGGGGGUUUUGCCAAAGUUAAAUUGGCAACACACCUCUUGACGGGAGAUAAAGUUGCAAUCAAAAUAAUGGACAAGAGGCAGUUAGGGGAGGAUUUGCCACGCAUCUAUCUGGAAAUUGAAGCAAUGAAGCAACUAUCUCACCAACAUAUAUGCAAACUGUACCAAGUGGUGGAAACAGACACUAAGAUCUUCAUGGUGCUUGAAUAUUGUCCUGGUGGAGAGCUCUUUGACUACAUAGUUGAGAGAGAUCGAUUAGAGGAAGAAGAGGCUCGGGUGUUCUUCCGGCAGAUUGCAUCAGCUGUAGCAUAUGUUCAUAACAUGGGAUAUGCCCACAGGGAUCUGAAGCCAGAAAACCUUUUGCUUGAUGAUGAGCAGCACCUAAAGUUGAUAGACUUUGGAUUGUGUGCUAACCCAAUGGGUGGUUUGGAUCAACGUCUUGCCACCUGCUGUGGCUCACCAGCCUAUGCAGCACCAGAGCUGGUAUCUGGCAAGCAGUACUUAGGCUCUGAGGCAGAUAUCUGGAGCAUGGGAGUGCUACUGUAUGCACUGUUGUGUGGAUUUCUUCCAUUUGAUGAUGAAAACUUGGGAGCCCUUUACAGAAAGAUUCAGGCUGGUGUCUAUGAAAAUCCUGAGUGGCUGACUGCAGGAAGCAAGGACCUGCUUGCUGCCAUGCUUCAAGUGGAUCCCAAGAGGAGGAUUACAAUUUCUCAGCUCCUGAUGCAUCCCUGGUUGACGGGUGGACCUUCCUUUGCGAGUAUUGAUCCCUCCUCCAAAUACAAGGACCCAGAGACUCAUGGUGUGGACGAGGACGUCAUAACUGAAGUGGCAGUGCAUCAGGGCAAGUCCCGUGUAGCUGUACGGCAAGCAGUCUUACGCUGGUCCUAUGACUACCUUACUGCCACUUAUUUCCUGCUGCUUGCUCAGAAAAUGAAGGGAAAUCCUCUACGACUUCUACCCAAAGUAACUCCAACUGAUGAGAAAUCUGUGCACCGAGUUCCAGCCCGGUGUCUCAUAGAUCAGCUGAACCAAGAAAAACAUGAUACUUCUAUCAAUGCAAGAACAGGAUCUGAUAAUCUCAGAAAUUCUCCUCGGGGUUUGCACACAUCCCUUGAGGGGGGACUGAAUGAUGUCGAUCUACUAUCCAUUUGCAAAGUUACUCCAGUUGAUCAAAUAGUGGAGAAAGUUGUAGGGAAGCGGUCACCAUAUCAGGGAACAGAUGAUGACAUAGGCCUUACGCCCCUUAAGUCUCCCAGAAAACGCAGACCUCCCUCCACCAGUGAUGAGGAGAAGGAAAACUUUAUCCAGCCACGUGUUCCAUCCUCGGCAAAUAAGUCUCGUGUCAAGAUGACUCCAACUACCCCCUUCCCUGACAAACUCUCACCGUCCAGGUCAAUGGAUAGUGGCCUCAAUGAAUAUGCUACUCCCUCUAAAUCAAGAUAUUUAGCACCACCCGAAGACUGGGGCUGGUCUGCUAAUCGUACCCCUCUGUCAUCAAGAAAGGUCUUUGGCAGCAUUGAGAAGCACCUAGAUAAGAUGAAAAACAUGCUUACCCCACGGAAAAAGUUGCAUUCUGACAGUGGACCUUCAAUUGUGGAGAGCAAGAAUCUCUACAAUGUCAGCACCACAGGGAGCAGGAACCCAGACCAAGUUCUUCACGACUUGAGGCGAGCAUUGCUUAACAAGGGCAUCCUCUGCAAUCAGAAAGGGUACGCAUUGCGAGGAAAAGUGCGUGAUGAUGUGGGUGGAGCAAAAUUGAACUUUGAGUUGGAGGUCUGUCGAGUGCCACACCUUGAUGUAGUGGGUAUACGUCGCAAGCGUCUCAAGGGUGAUGCUUGGAUCUAUAAGCGUGUGUGUGAGGAAGUAUUGCGUCUAGCCCAGAAUUCCUCAGCAGCUACCCCUAAUACUUCUCAUGGAAUCCCAAAGAGCACCACAGGAACACCAGUAGUUACUUAAUACUCAUCAUAAUCAUAAGGAUAUUAUAAAUGUGUCCUGGUGAGUAAAAUGCUUCUUAGUACUUUAGAUCAUUAUGUAAAAGUGCAGUACUAACUUUUAUCAGAAUCUUAAGUAGAAUGUAAUAAAAUUAAAUGAUGUGCCUCUUUUGUCACCAUUUUUCAUGUACAUUAGAUAAGGUAUAUUUGUAUGAAAGAUGAUUAAUGGAAUAUCUAUAAAAAUGAUGUCAUGAAAUUUCAAAUUCUGAGUAGGAUAUGUUUGUUUUAUAUGUUGUUAGCUGAUAUAUCUAGCCAGUAUUCUUAUUGACUCACUGAUGUAUAUAGGGUAUGUACAUGGUAUUACCUAGGUUGUAGUGGUUACAUAUUUUGAGUUAUUUGUGGAUAACUCCUAAGUAUUGUAUAUAUAUUCUAAGUUUAGGGUCUAGCUUAUGUUGUUGAUUUUCUCUGCUCAUACUUGCCAUUACUUUAGUCAUCCAUAUCAUAUGUAAAUAAAUCUUUUUAAAUGCUGUUUAUGGUUGAGCUUAGAUCUUAACCAACUUUAGAACAGAUUGGUACGACACUAGACCUCUACAAAUGGUGAGGGAAAUGUACUGACACUCAUGAAGAAGGCAUAGAAAUUAAAAAUAAUAAUAAUUGAAAGAAACAUCUGUAUUUCUAGAAAUAUGCAUAGUGUAAAGGAAAGUAACGUUGAGGCCACGUGCACCCCUUACUCUUUCUCAUCAUGUAGUGUAGUGGCUAGCACACUUGGCUUGCAACCAUGAUGUAGGUUUGAGUCCAGGGCAUGGCAAGGCAAAUGGGUGAGCCUCAAUGUGUAGCCCCUGUUCACCCAGCAACAAGUAGGUACAGGAUGUAACCCGAGGGAUUAUGGCCUCGCUGUCCCGGUGUGAGGUGUGUAAGUGGUCUUGGUCCCACUCAAUAAUGAGAAAGUCUGACCUCUGGGUUCUUACCAUAGGGGAACAAUUGGCUGGGUGACCAGCAGCUAACCACAGGUGAAUGACGCACAUGCAGCAUCUAUGUCUUCCAAUUCCACUGACCACUUAUUUCAAAAGGUCAGUAGAGCAGCAUACCUGAGUUUCUUAAUAUGGCUAAUAGCAGAAUUAGUGUAUUUCUGCUAUGUAUUAGAAGAUUGAUCCCUUUCCUAUAUCUGAUCUGAUAAUUUGAUUUGGCCAAAUUCAUUAACAUGUAAAUUGCAAUAUAGUACUUAGAUUUUAGUAACAAAGACACUGAAGUCCCAUUUGCCAUUGACAUUGUAUUUAAUAUUGCUGCACUUCCCUUUUAAUGCUUAUCAUGCUAUUGGACAACUCCAAUUUCAUAAUAAAUCCAAAAAUAGAUCAUUAUAGCUAUUAUUAAUUUUUACUUUCAUCUCUUCUCUCCUAGUGUUAUGGAUGUUUUAUUUCUUGAUGGUUGGCUCUCAUACAAGAAUAUUUUUCAUUCCAAAUCUCGUGUUCCUGCAUGAUCCUUACUUUUUCUUGUAUCUAUUUUACAUACUUAUGUCACUUUUGCAUGCUUAUUUAUUGUACUUGUCAAUAUAGUCACUAAUGAUGAUGGAAUUAUAUAUGUGUAAUUUAAACAGUAAGGUGCAGUAAAUAUUGUGAUACUGACCUUUAAACAUGUUAAUUAUUUUUUGAA